AUGGUUUCCGUUUGCGCGACAUGCAAAGGCCUGCAGAAAUACCCCCACGGUCUUAACGGCACCCAGGAUAGCAGCACAGAAUCUUUGGUUUGGGUCAACACCAGGCUAUCAACGCUAAGGUCAAGUUCAAGUGCCUGUCGCGCAUGCGCACUUCUACUAAAUGGCAUUUUGCCAUAUUGCGACCGAUUUGCUGGCGUAGACGAGGAUAGGAUCCGAGUGACUGCCGAGUCGUUCAACCCCAAACCAGACAGGAACCUCCAGGAUCAUCUCUCGGUCGAGCUUCGAUGGAAGGACAACGAAGACCACGACGAAUGUCAAAACGAAACCCAUGAAAACGCCACUGGCUACGCAGAUCUCAAACUAGAGUUCUUCACAGAUGGAGAUGGUCAAUCUCCUUUCUCUGCCAUUGGAAGAGGUCGGCAACUAGCAGAGACUCCAUUGCAGAAUACUGGUUUGAUGAUAGCACGAAGUUUGAUAAAGAAUUGUCUAGACAACCACGCUACAUGCAGUCGAAGAAGUAAACCCACCACGCUACCAAAGCGCGUCUUGGACUUGUCGGCAGGCGACGACGCCAAAACUCUGCGACUGCACGAAAGUGAGUAUAUACAAGAUGAAAGAAGAUAUGAACAUGGUGAAUACAUUACCCUGAGUCAUGUUUGGGGUACGACUAAAGGCAUACCCAUGACAACUUUGGAAACACUAGAGUCUUACAAAAAGUGUAUCCCUUGGUCAAUCCUACCUAGAACUUACCAGGAGGCAAUCUUGCUCACUCGAGCACUUGGUUUCCGGUGGCUAUUCAUUGACAGUCUUUGUCUCAUACAAGACGAUGUCCAUGAAAGGCUUGAGGAUUCGCUCAGGAUGGAUGAAAUCUUUGGAGACGCUUUCUUGACCAUUGCGGCAACGUCCGCACCCGACAGUAGUAGCUACCCACUAUUUCCCCUCAAGACACAAGCCCUCAAGAUUCAAGCAGCCGAUGUUAAAGGUUCAACACAUAAAAUUAACGUAAGAGAGCAGCCGAGCCACUAUAGCUUCAAAGCACCUUCCAAUGGCAAUGCACACAUGAAUGAGUGGGAAUUGCCCUUCAACAUUACCGAAGAGGCAAAUGCGGACACGCCCCUUUUAGUCCGUGCCUGGCCUUACACCGAACGCAUGCUAUCCACCCGUGUGCUGCAUUUUACAAAAAGCGAAAUGAUACUUGAAUGCCGUCAAGGCUACCAAUGCGAAUGCGGACGCAUCGAAGACAGCGCAUUUGACUCGCGACCUACUGAUCAGGUCAAGCAGGAGUUUGGCAAGGUCCUUGCGGAAAAUCUGCAUCAACCGCAACAGAAUAAUGGUAACAGCAACCUGGGCCACAACCGGAUGGACAGUGUCACUAACCAAUUAGCCUCUACCAACCUCACGAAUGGCGCGCACCAAGAACUAUCGCGGAAACGCGAAGAAACGCUACAGCUUUGGUCUUGCAUGAUUACAGAAUACACGGCAAGACAUCUGACAUACGACAGCGACCGCCUCAUCGCCGCAGCAAGUAUGGCAAAAGCAUUGUCACCCACAUUACAGUCAGGAUACAUUGCAGGCCAGUGGACUUUCAGUACACUAGGCCUCCUCUGGUAUCCUAACGACAGCUCCUGCUGCCGACGCCCGCAACUCGGACAAGGCCAGAAUGUCCCAAGCUGGUCCUGGGCCUCCGUCGAAGGCGCCCCAAUCUUCUUUGACAACACAAGCGCAAUGGAUCUCGCAUGCAGAGCCUCAUUUGGCCCAAAGGGCAAACGGGCAAGCGCCUGGUCCCCCAUCAUGGGCGAGCCGCUCGAACUAUCCGGCGCAAUGGCAACAGAAGUCGUAUUUCACACCUCCUCAAAACCCUCGCCGCAACAACCCUACUCGUAUACGCUAGCCCGCAAUGGGAUGUCCGUCGAGUUCACACCAGAUGUCGUUCCGCCCCGCGACGAAGACGCACUGCGGGAUGGCGAGACUCUUGUCUGUGUCCUCGUGAGCAUGACGUUCCGCUCGUCAAUCGUCGGUGUUGUACUCAAGUCUUCGCCACCAGGAAACAACACGUAUCGCCGUGUUGGUCGCUUUGAAUGCUACGAGUGCACGCCUGAGGGUAUAGACGAAGAGAUGAGUGAGGAUGCCGAGGCAUUGUUCGAGCAUUGGUUCCCGGAGAUUCAGGAUAUGACGCAGUUGGACAAUUAUCCGCAGCGCACUUUUACGGUUGUGUGA